AUGCCAGUCGCUACUUCAAUUACACAAUGUUAUUGUUUUGACAAAAAACAAGUCGCAUUAAAUCUAAACCAGCCGAGUAACAAGCCCCCGCCGCCCCCCGCCGCCCCGCGCCCCCGGCGGCUUACUGCAGCUAAAGAGCAGCACAAAGUUUCUCAGAAGCAAUCACCGAUACAACGUAAUCCUCGUAAGUAUCGCGCGCGCAGCGGAAGUCCAUUCUCUGCCGAGCUGCGGCGCGCACUACCCGAUGCUCAAAAUGCAAAACAGGUGUGGGAAAGAUUGGCAAAGGCAUUUGAAGAUAGUGGGUUAACUCGUAAGGUUGGCUUAUUAAAAGAACUCAUUAAUACCAACUUAGAAAAUAGUUUAUCCGUUGAAGAUUAUGUAAACAAGAUCAUGACAGCCGCGCACAAGUUGAGAAAUAUCAAUUUCCAUGUUGAUGAUGAGUGGUUGGGCACUUUGAUGCUGGCAGGGUUGUCGGAGGUGUACAGGCCCAUGAUCAUGGGCUUAGAAAGUUCUGGCAUGAAGAUUAGUGCUGAUCUAGUUAAAAAUAAACUACUUCAAGAAGUGAAACGGGCAUCUAUGCAUAUGACCAUGCACCGUGAAUGGCUCACUGAUGUCACUCCUUCAUCUGUACCAACUAUAAGAAUAGCUAACAACAAAUUAUUGAAGGUUGAAUGCUGCGGUAAUGUAUGUAUCAAGGUAAAAACAAAGGAUGGCAGCACCGAUUCAAUACAGGUCACAUAUUGGGCAGAAGCGGUUGCUACAGCUGCAUACAUUGUGAACCGCUCUCCCACCUGUACCUUAUCUGAUGCGACGCCUCAUGAAGUUUGGACUGGCAAAAAACCAAAUCUCAGUCACAUGAGAAUAUUUGGAUGUUCUGCAAUGGUGCUUAUCCCUAAACAAAACAGAACUAAGCUUGAUGUAAAGUCACAUGAUUCUGAUCAAUUCGAAAAUGUUAAUGAUGAGACAUACAUACCUGACGAGUCACUUGACUCCCCAGUGGUACCUAAUCUUAGACCAUUGCAGCAGAGAAGAAGACGGCGCAAUGAUGAUGUUAAUCAGAGUCCCUCAUCACUAAUGUGUCAAAAUGUUGAGUCAACAAUGAAUUUAUUGAAUAAUGAUCCACAAAGUCUUCAAGAAGCUCUUCACAGCGAAAAAGCUGAUGAAUGGAAGAGAGCUAUGCAUGAAGAAUAUCAGUCAUUAAUAAAGAAUAAUACGUGGACACAGGUUGACUUACCAGAAGGAAAAUCAGUAAUUCCCAGCAGAUGGGUUUUAAAACUAAGAUGGAUGGAAAUGGGUCUAUUACUCGUUAUAAAGCGAGGUUGGUGAUUAAAGGAUACAAAC